CCACAAAGGCCUUGCCGCCUUGCCUAUACCGUCCCUCCAGAUCCCAACCGCUUCGUUACAUUCACCACUACUUCCACUUCCCCCAACGCCUUCCUCGAUCUCAACACCAUCCUCAAAAAUACUCCUUUCGGGAUCAGCCACAGAAAGGAAAUACCCUGAGCCUGGUUCUCGUGUGUUUGUUCCCACUCUUUCCACCCAUGGUUUGCCUGAUACCUCUUCCACAACCACGUCUUCCUGGUGACCUGGUCACCGAUCAACCCAUCUGACUCAUUGUCAGAUAAUUUCCCAUCGUUGACGCGAUGGAUGCCGUUCUACGAAACUUCAAGUUGAUUCCCUGCCCCACAGGGGACAGCUGCACCAAGUCAAAUUGCCCAUGGCAGCACACCAGGGAUCAGGACUCUCCCACAGCCCAGGCGGGGGGUGGAGGCCAGGACGAAGACGGGCCACGAAAGCGUCGAAAGGUCUCUUCUGAGCCUGCGCCUGCCCCAGCGCAGCCCAUAUCGACAAAACCAGAGCCUUCCUCCACCAAACAGCCAGUUUCACCCCCGCCCUUGAAGCGAAAGGUGCCUCCGCUUCCAUGUCAUCCAGCUCCUCCAGCUCCGGUCACAAAACCAGCCGAGCCAUCACUGGGAUCGGUCACAUCUUCCACGUCAACAACAAAGGCUAACCAAGAUGUCACGCCUCGAAAGGCCACACCCCAACACACUACGCCACAAAAGGUCACACCCAGGAAGCCUGAGACGCUCAACCCCCGCCACCUGAAGUCGGCGGCCCCAGCAGCCCAUGACUUUCGAUAUAAGGCCCUCAAGCUCCUCCAUGACCAGUUCCACCGUCUCAACGAGGAGCUCAAGAAAGACGCCAAAGACGACGAGAAGAUGCUCGUUCUAUCAGCCCAGGAGCUCAUCUGGCUAGCACUGGACGAGGAGCAGAAAAUGGCAACCGAAAAGCCGUCUAUCUACCAGAACGUUAUUAAAAAUCGCAUCAUGGUCUAUAAACGAAUGACCCCUGGCCAGUGGCGGGACGAGCGCGUCGCCGAGCGCCAAAAGAACCAAACCCCGGCGACGCCAGGAUCGAAGACGCCCAGAAAACCGGCCCUUGGCCCUCCCAAAAUCGUUGAGACGGGCCUCACCCCCGAGCAAGAGGUCGAGUUCCUCACUCACCUACGCACACCGAUCGAUAAGCUCGCCCAGUGGGGGUAUGUUCCGACCUCCCCGAGUGAGGAGGAGGUCACCAAGGCACGCGAAGGGGAAGAGGCCUCGCUAGGAUACGAAGUGUGCGAUCGCUGUAGGACUCGUUUCCAAGUAUUUCCCGGCCGCCGCGAGGAAGACGGGGCCUUGACGUCGGGAGGCAAAUGUCUCCAUCAUCCCGGCCGGGCAUACUAUCCGGAGCGGACACUCGGCGACUUCGAUAAACCCGCUAGGCGGUACCGAUGUUGCCAGCAGGUGGUGGGGGAGUCGUCGGGCUGUGCGAGUGGCAACACUCACGUCUUCAAGACAUCGUCUCCAGCGCGGCUGGCGUCCCUUAUCCCCUUUGCCGAAACGCCAGCGAAUCCCCUAGCGCCCAAAGACCGCGCCGUCUGCUUCGACUGCGAGAUGGGCUACACAGUUCGCGGGAUGGAGCUGAUCCGCCUGACAGCUACUAGCUGGCCCGACGGUGGGGAGCUGCUGGACGUCCUCGUCCGACCUGUCGGGGAGAUCCUAGAUCUCAACUCGAGGUAUUCUGGCGUAUGGCCCGAGGACAUUGUCAACGCCGAGCCGUGGUCGGCUGAGAAGAGUGCCCAAGAUCAAACGCAAAAGCAGGAAGAGGAGCGUGCAGUCAAAAGAGCGGACCCAAAAUCGAGAAAGAAGAUGCAAAUCGUCUCGUCGCCCAUCGUAGCACGCGAUCUGCUUUUCGCCCUCAUCUCACCCGACACCCCCGUCAUCGGCCACGGUCUGGAAAAUGACCUCAACGCAGUCCGCAUAAUCCACCCGACUCUGGUCGACUCCAUCCUGUUGUACCCCCACCGCCGGGGCCUACCGAUGCGUCACGGCCUCAAGAUGCUCAUGGAGACACAGCUCAACAAAGCGAUCCAGGUGGAAGUUGAGGGUAAGGCCAUGGGCCAUGACAGCGCCGAGGACGCCCGUGCUGCUGGGGAGUUGGUGCGGCUCAAGGUGCAGGAGAAGUGGAGUACCAUGAAAGGCCAGGGCUGGAGUCUGGUGGGCGGGCAAUUUGUGCCGCCCAAGGGGGCCAAGGAGGGCGUGCUGAGCGAGGCGUUUAUCGAGGAAGGCUGGGUGCUUAUGUAGCUUCGGUUCUCAGUUUUGGCAUGCAGGCCGCUUGGGGCGCGAAAGGCGGAGAGGUUGAGGCGAGGAAUCAACGAUUCUCGUGGGUUUGAGGUUGCCUAAGGGGGAUGCCCUGCGUGGGUGCCUUGGGUGGGUGGAAUCUGGAGAGCCCCGCAUAGACUCCAUCACUCCUGCAUAUAGGCAUAACUGGAAGUGCGUUAUCAGCGGUCAUUGUCGGUUCCGGGUGGUUGUAACAAACUG